UUCAGUUGUUCAGCGUCUGCCAAACGGUUCAAACCAAAAACGAUUUGAAUACAUUUUCCAAAAUAUUAAAAGGUUGUUCAAAUCCCACCAAAUAUGCUGAAACAAGUGAUUUUCGUGCUCUUCGUCGCCGUGUGCACAAUGCACAGUGCCUCGGCCAUCAAGUGCUAUCAGUGCAAAUCCUUUACGGAUCCCAACUGCGCCAAGGACAAGAUCGAUUCCGCCUCCAACAUCCGCGCCGUGGAUUGCGACAGUGUGCCCAAGCCGAACACCAUGGAGCAACUGCAGCCAGUGACCAGGUGCAACAAGGUGGUCACCAGCGACCGCGCCGGAACGAUUGUCUCCCGCGACUGCCACUUCGAGUCCAUCGGGCAGAAGGACAACGAAUGCACGGUGACCCACAGCCGGCAGGUGGAGAGCUGCUACACCUGCAAGGGCGACCUGUGCAACGCAUCCGGAGCAGGUCGCUUCCUGGCGGUCAGUGCAACGGCUCUCCUGGCGAUCCUCGCCCUCCACUUGAGCCUGUGAUGCCGCUCCAAAUCCCGUCCAGAAAUGCAUUAAAUAAGUGUUAAAGAAACAUACCUGUACAAAGGAGAAAUGUAAAUGUUAACUAUAAUAUUGAUCAAAAUAAAGUAAACCAAACUAAA